ACGUUUCCCCACGUUGAUCCUUUUAACGGUAACUCCCCCGUCUCUCCCUCCCUCUCUUUGUAACCUCCUCUCGCUGCGGGAACUUAGGAGAGAGAAAUCAAAAAAGCAGGGAAGAGAGAGAGAGGGCUGCGAGAUCAAAACCCUAGAUGGGAAAGCUCCUAUCCGACUCAGCUGCCUUGGCCGAAACUUUAAGCCCCUCGCCGAAGCUUCAAUGGCCGGGGCCCACUGCGAUCCCGACGCCGGAUGUGACGGAUCUGACGUGCGCGGCCGAUGACGCCGCGGCGUGGGCCGCGGUGUCCGGUCUGGAGGAGCAGCAACGGCGCCGACUCGAGAAGAUCCACGCGCGGGGGGUCUUCUGGAAGAACCCGCGGGACGCUGAGGCGCCGGGGGUGGCUUUCCGUCUGGAGCACGGCGGAGAUGUCGAGGCGGAUGGGAAUUGCUUGUUCACUGCGGCGAGGCGAGUGCUAGGGCCGAAGGCGCCUUCCGCCCGUGAACUGCGGCAGCGGGGAGUGCGGCGUUUCCUGGAGGAUUACCGGGCGGGGGACGGGGCAGCGAGGGAAGCUGCGGAUGGGGUGAUCCGUAACUUGUACUCGCCGGAUCUGAAGACUGGGUGGGGCAUACAUGUGGUGCAAGAGCUGAAGCUCCUUGCAAGGAAGGACGACCGCGAGACCUUGGAUGCCUCGAUUCAGGAGCUCGUAGAUCUGGGGAUGCAAAGGGAAGUGGCAGCAGAAUCUAUUUAUAAGGAGAGAUGCAUCACCAUAAAUGAUGGGCCAAGUUGGGCAAAGUAUAUGUCGAUCUCAGGCUCUCCAGAAGAUGAGUAUGAUAUCAUUACUUUACAGUAUACAGAAGAGGGAUUGCUGACUAUUGUUGAGAAUCGUAGUGGCCAUGCUGCAGCUUUUGGCGAUGAUAUUGCCAUUGAGAGUUUGGCUACAGAAUUUCGACGAGAAGUCUUUGUAGUUCAGGCUCAUGGAGCAGAUGCAAUGGUGGAUGAAAACAAUUGUGUGUUUUUCCUUCCUCAUUGUCCAAGGGGUCCAAUUUGUGAACCUCCAAUUUUCUUAUUUAUGAAGGGAACAGGUUGGUGCUGUGCCGGGGCUGACCAUUAUGAGCCUUUGAUAGCAAGUCCUCUUCCUUUUAUUUCUCAAGACAAGGCUGCUCUUGUACUGUGAGAUGUAUUGAUCUCCCAAUUUUGUUGAUUCAAAAACCUGGGAGUUUAUUUUUUUCUUUAAACUUAGGAUUUUCUAGUUCUAGGGAAAUUUUAAUUUUGGCUCAUUUUUCCCAUCAAGAUCCUGUUCGCAGGAUCACAACUUAACCGAACCUCAACUUAGUAUGCCCCCUACCUCCGGUCUAUGUUCAUUCUAGCGAGAUUGCUAGCUUCAAGCGAUGAGUUUCUUUAGGGCCUUUUACCCCUUUGUUUUCCAAAUCAUUGUUUCUGUUGUAACUCAUUUGAAGAUUUGUAUUGCCUUCAUCUUAGUCAUUAAAGUUGUUUUGCGGCAAA